CUCGCGUCGAGUCGAUCAAAGUCGAUGACUGUUGAAACAAAGAUGAAGUAUGUGGAAAAUUUGGAAGCGUUCGUUUAGAGGUUAGACAGAGGCUGUCGCACUCGGUUUCUCGAUCAUUUUGACAACUUUCGUCACGAAUAAUUGAUUCGAUCGUGCAUGCAGUGCGACGUGAUCAUCAGCCGCCAUCAUGAGUAAGAUGUAUUCGACGGCGAAUCUGUCCGACAAGGAGCUGAAGGAACAGGGGAAUCGUCUCUUCGACCUGCACAAGUACGAGGACGCAGCGAAUUGCUAUACGAAGGCGAUUAUAAAGAAUCCAGAUCAAGCAUUGUAUUUCACAAAUCGAGCACUGUGUCACUUGAAAUUAAAACAAUGGGAAUCCGUGUGCAAGGAUUGCAGACGGGCUUUAGAUAUAGAUCCUUGUUUGAUGAAAGGUCACUUUUUCCUAGGCCUUGCUCUGCUGGAACUGGAACUCUUUGAUGAAGCUGUAAAGCAUUUGCAGAGAGCUGUCGACUUGGCAAAGGAGCAAAAGCUGAAUUAUGGUGAUGACAUCACCAGUGUUCUACGACAGGCACGUAAACGUCGUUUUCAAGUGAGGGAAGAACAGAGGAUUGCCCAAGACAUCGAACUCCAGACUUAUUUGAGUCAGCUGAUUGUAGAUGAUACAAAGCGUAAUUUAACAGCUCUACAAGAACAGGAGGCGACAAAGGAUUCUGACACUGAAGCAAGUUCAACUGAACUUGCCAGGAGAAAAGAAGAGAUUGAGGAAAAAAGAGACACUUGCAUAUCACGACUCAAUGAUCUUUUUGCCAAGGUCGAUGAGAGGAGAAGGAAAAGAGAAGUACCUGAUUACUUAUGUGGUAAAAUCAGCUUCGAGAUCUUGCAAGAACCAGUAAUUACACCUAGUGGAAUCACAUAUGAACGAAAGGAUAUUGAGGAGCAUCUUCAACGGGUAGGUCAUUUCGAUCCAGUCACGCGUGUGCGUCUUACGCAAGAUCAAUUAAUUCCAAACUUGGCGAUGAAGGAAGUUGUCGACACCUUCCUGCAGGAAAACGAAUGGGCCUUGCAUUACUGAUGUCAAUAUAUAGUUUACUGCCAUAGAUUUAAGUUAAGAGGAUGGCAAUGGAAGAAAAGAAUUCAAUAUUUGAUAAAGAAAUUUAUAGAUGAAUAUCUAAAGAAAAAAAUCUUAAGAGAAUAUAAAGUAGUAGAGUAUA